ACAUUUCGAAAUCUAUUCUUCUUUGACAACCUCUGGUUGCUCUGCUGAAGAACUUCAAUCGCCGUGCUACGAAAAGCCGUAACCCUGUGAAAAAGGCUGCAACACAGAGGUUGUGAAAAGGCAAAAAAAACAACAUGGCUUUCGGUGAUUAUCCUGCGGAAUACAAUCCGAAGGUGCAUGGGCCUUACGAUCCGGCACGCUUCUAUGGAAAACCCGAUACUCCGUUCGGUCAAGUGAAAAUUAGCGAACUUGGCUCAUGGUUUGGCCGGCGCGAUAAGAAUCCGCGCGCCUUAGCUGGAGUUUUCAGUCGCACCUUUUGGAGAUGGCAGCACAAGUAUGUGCAGCCCAAACGAACUGGUAUUGCUCCAUUCUUCCAGGUUAUCGUCGGUGGAAUGGUGUUUUUCUACACUAUUAACUACGGUAAGCUGAAGCAUCACCGUAACUACAAAUACCAUUAAAUGGUGGAAAAUUUUGCAAGAUAGUUCUCAUUACAUCAUUUCGGGGCAAAUGGAAAAACAUCAUUGAUUGCAAAGAAUAGGCAUCCCGUUCCGAAUGCGAAAUGGAAAAUGUAAUAGAGAACAAAUGAAGAAACAUUAAUAGAACGAAAAUUAUGUAAUGUGUAAAAAUAAAUGAAUGCCUAUUUGACAGAUCGAAGCAUA